AUGUGUCUUAGCGUGUUAGAUCAGGCUUACGUGUGCGUGAGUGGGUCCGGCACCUGUUAUGGUGCUAAUUUGAGGAAGCAGAUCGAGAAGAUGGAAGUUAGUCAGCACAGCAAGUAUUUCUUCGAGUUUUGUGAGAAGCCUUAUUAUGCAGUGAAGAGGAAGGCUGUGGGUAUUUGGGGAUGCAAGGACUGUGGCAAAGUCAAAGCUGGCGGUACUUGCACGUUAAACACCGCUAGUGUCGUGACAGUUAAGAGUACCAUUCGUAGGCUGAGAAAGCAAAUCGAGAGCUAGUUAAAUAGGUUAAUUUAGUUAAACUGUUAUUUGGAGUCCUUUAUAUCCUUCUUUGGAACGAGUAACUUAACUACU